AUGGUGAAAGUGGUCGGCACCGUCUUCUCUUCCUUGACCCACCACCUCCAGCAGGUUUAUCAAUCUCCCGGUCGGACCCUGGAAGCCUUUUGGGAUUUCUCUCGUUGCUAUUUUUACGCCCUUGCGUUCUGGUCGCUAUUCUCUGCCAAAUUCCUACAUCUCUACGCCCACCUUCAUUCUCUUCCUCCUAGCAAGUUAUUCGUCUGGGGAAUCACUUUUUACUUUCAAGAUGUGGUCAUUUUACUGCUCCUGCGAGUCUUUGUUCAAAAAAGCCACACCCGGUCCCGAUACCGCGUGGCGCUCGACGUGCUGGUUGUGGUCCCGUUUAGUCUAAUUGUAUCCGCUAUGGCUUCUGCCAAUUUCUCUGUAUACGUCUUCACCGGGGCGGAAAUCCACUGGCGCCAAGCCAAGUCCUUCACGAACGAUACGGCCGCUAUACGAACACUCCUCACGGGGUUGACUGGUUUUUUAAUUGGCGAGGGAUUGCUGUCGAUGACUGCAGUCAUCUCUGCCCGGCCUAUACAUAAACUGACUGGCGGUAUCCUGCAUGUGUUAGCAUGGCCCUUUCAGUGGCUUUUUCCUCGGGUGCGACCGUACGUCGUGCGACCGCUCGAGCGACUACGAACCCGAAACCAAUCGUCUAUCCUUCCCGACCCGGAGAUAUACGAGCGCAUUGCAUUGCAGGAUGAUUAUUUGAAUGAUUCGAGCGAUGAUGACGAGUCGGACUUUUUGAUUGGCGCCCCUGCUGGCAGUGGCACCCAGAAACAGGUCCGAAUCACAGAAAGAGCGCUCCCUCGAGUACUUAUGCUACUCGCAUUUUGUCUAUUCGUCGUACUUCGGCUAUGUCGACCCUCGGAUCCUAUGUACUGGUUUCUAUCAGGCACAUUGCCUAUGGCAUCCUUAUUCGAAGGUGGUCAUGGAGAUUCGCCUAUCGAAAUCGGAGGCAUCCCUUAUCAAUACGACUACCUGACUUCGGCUUCGUCUUUGCAUCCACCACCGCCAUUCUCAUGGAUGCCGGCUGGUAGUGUGCCCGGCUUUGAGGAUUGGGACAAGUCCGAUCCAUAUGCCCUUCAUUAUAAUGCGGAAAUGGCCCCGCUUCAUAUCUCGAAUCUUGACCAACCCGUCCUUGAGCCUAUCCGAAAGGCAUUGGCUGACGGUAGCGUCAAGAUCAAACAUGUGGUUCUGCUCAAGCUCGAAAGUGCAAGAGCAGAUAUAUUUCCUCUACGGAAGGGCUCGUUCAUGUUUGAGCGAAUCGCAGAUUCAUGGGAUAAUCAGGUCAUUCCUGAAGAUGUUCUCCGGCGGAUCGCAAACUUGACCCCUACUGCCGAGUAUCUUACUGGCACCCCGACUGGGUUCAACUCUGAGAGUCAGGAAGGUACCGGAAGGAAGUCAUACGGUGGUUUGACUGCGAAGAACGCCUACACAACAUCUACCUACACGCUGAAAAGCUUGACAGGUACACUCUGUGGUGUGACCCCGUUGGUGGCCGAUUUCAACCGCGAAUGGGAGCAUCAUGUUUACCAGCCCUGCUUGCCUCACGUUUUCGACAUGCUCACCCAGCAACCCAGUAUUACCAAAGAGACCGACGACUUUACCAAGUGGCCGUGGCACUCGAUGUGGAUGCAGUCCGUGACCGAAGGCUAUGACAACCAGGACAAAUUGACUCCGGUCUUGGGCUUCAAGGACAAGAAAACAAAGGAGAUCAUCGAAAGCCCUGAUGCCAAGUACCCGCCGAAAGGCGAGGAGGUAAACUAUUAUGGCUAUGCCGAUACCGAACUUGAGGACUAUUUCCGCGAUGCUAUUGACGAUGCCGAACGCGACCAUGAGCGUCUCUUCUUAACGCAUUUGACGGGGACUACUCAUCAUCCCUGGGGACUGCCGGGAAAUGUAUAUGAACAGAUUCUGGGCUCAUUGAAGGGACAAAAUGAGGAUCUGAAUCGGUAUCUGAAUGCCGUCGGCUUUGUGGAUAACUGGCUUGCGACUAUAUUGGGAAUUCUCCAGGAAAAGGGCGUGGCUAAUGAGACCCUCGUUGUCAUGGCUGGUGACCAUGGCCUGUCUCUACCCAAUGACGGCGGUAUCACACCCUACGACAACCCACACGUCGGCAACUUCCAAGUCCCCAUCGUCUUCGCCCACCCACAUCUCCCACCCGUGGAGAUCACCGCUCCGGUUUCCAGCAACCAAAUCGUCCCGAGUAUCAUCGAUCUACUACUCGAGUCCUCAUCGCUUAGCGAGACCACCGCACCCGUUGCCCAGGACAUCCGCUCCCUAUACGAAGGCCAAUCUCUCAUCCGGCCCCUAAUCCAAGAGAAAGACGGCCGACAAGACUGGCAAUUCACCGUGAUGAACACCGGUGGUUCCUGGCUUAGUGUCCGCUCCGCUGCCAAGCCACAAUUCCGCCUGGUGAUUCCGCUCAUAACAGACGUCGAGUGGAGGUUCUCAGAUUUGAACGAGGAUCCCAAUGAAGAUAAGCCGAUCUCUCGGUUUAGUUUGUUGGACUUGGCUGAGACUAUUGGGAAGAAGUACGACCAGGAGGUUCUCAAUUGGCUUUGGGAUGCGGCGUAUGUUGCGAAUUGGUGGGUUGCUGAGAAUUGGCAUCGCUAUCGGUAUGAGCCUGGGACAUAG